ACUCUACUGCCAGGUUCUUGAACCUAAGCAUUAAACACACCCCCCGCUGUUUUUAUUUCAGUUGAGAAAUUUUCAAUAUAGCUUUAAUUGAUCCCACCUGUAAAUUCAAGCUCUUAUCUGUUCUUAUACACAAACACCUCUCUCUCAGUUCUCACAUCAAACACCUUCUCUGCAUCAAUGGAUUCUCUCUCUCCGUACUACCACCUUUUCUUCACCGCACUCGCAUUCCUCGUCUCCGGCUUAAUCUUCUUCUUCACCCGCAAUUCCGCCGCCAAGAAGCUCAACCUCCCGCCGGGACCGCCUGGGCCGCCGGUGGUCGGGAAUCUUUUCCAGGUGGCGCGUUCCGGGAAGCCCUUUUUCCAGUACGUUCGUGAGCUGAUUCCGAUCUACGGCCCGAUUUUGACUCUGAAAAUGGGGACGAGGACUAUGAUUAUCAUCAGCAGCGCUGAUUUGGCGAAGGAGGCGUUGAUCGAGAAGGGCCAGGUUUUCGCGAGCCGGCCGAGGGAGAAUCCGACGAGGACGAUCUUCAGCUGCGACAAGUUCACCGUGAACGCCGCCCUCUACGGCCCCGUGUGGCGGUCUUUGCGCCGGAACAUGGUGCAGAACAUGCUCAGCUCGGCUCGGCUCCGGGAAUUCCGCGCCGCGCGUGAGGUGGCGAUGGACAAGCUCGUGGACCGGCUCAAGUCCGAGGCGGCCGCCAACGGCGGCCUCGUCUGGGUGCUCCGGAACGCCAGGUUCGCCGUGUUCUGUAUCCUUUUAGCAAUGUGCUUCGGCGUCGAAAUGGACGAACAAAUGAUCGAAAAAGUCGACCAGAUGAUGAAGUCGGUACUCAUGGUUCUCGAUCCGAGGUUGGAUGAUUAUUUGCCAAUUUUAAGCCCACUCUUCUCCAAACAAUGGAAAAGAGUACAACAAGUUAGAAACCAGCAAAUUGAAACCCUGGUGCCUUUAAUCGAGAGGCGGCGGAGCGCCGUCCAGAAUCCAGGCUCGGACAAAUCCGCCGCCUCGUUCUCCUACCUCGACACGCUCUUCGAUCUCAAAAUCGAAGGGCGAAAGUCUUCCCCAUCAAACGCGGAAAUCGUCACCCUGUGCUCGGAAUUCCUUAACGGGGGCACCGACACCACCGCCACCGCCAUCGAGUGGGCGGCGGCGAGGAUGAUCGAGAACCCGGAAAUCCAGGCCCGCCUCCACGACGAGAUCCGGACCGCCGUCGGUGAUAAGAGAGUCGACGAGAAAGAUGUGGAGAAACUGCCGUACCUAAACGCCGUCGUAAAGGAGCUCCUACGCAGGCACCCGCCAACUUACUUUUCCCUGACCCACGCGGUAACCGAACCCGCUAAAUUAGCGGGUUACGAUAUCCCAACGGGCGCCAAUGUGGAGUUUUUCCUACCCGGAAUUUCGGAUGACCCGAAAUUGUGGACCGACCCGGAGAAAUUCGACCCGGACCGGUUCUUCUUGGGCCGGGAGGAUGCGGAUAUAACCGGGGUUAGGGAGGUGAAAAUGAUUCCCUUCGGGAUCGGGCGGAGGAUUUGCCCCGGGUUGAACAUGGCUACGGUGCACGUGAAUCUGAUUUUGGCCCGGAUGGUUCAAGAAUUCGAGUGGUCGGGUUACCCGGAUAGUGGGAAAGUGGAUCUUACUGAGAAGCUUGAGUUCACUGUUGUGAUGAAGAAUAGCCUGAGAGCCAAGAUCAAGCCAAGGGCAUAAUGGGGAUUUGUUUGGGUUUGCCUACAUGGUUAGUUUUGUAGGUUGUCUAGAAAAAAAUAUUUUUCUUUGAUUUUACUUUUUACCUCAAGGAUGUUAUCUUUUUUCUUGCUUGGUUUAUUUUUUCUUACUUUUGUUUUUGUUUUUAUUUUUUUGUUGUUGCUUCAUUUAUUUGUUUUGUUCAUCUAUAGAUUGUUUUUUGGGUUAAUUUGAGUCAAUUAUUUAUUUUGUGUGUUUAGCAUUUGUGGCUAAAUCAACAACCACACAUCAAAUAAAAAUUUUAGAUUUUUCUUGUAUUAGGUUUA